CGUCAGUCGGCCGGAGCGCGGACCUCACUGCGUGUCGCCUGGGGGUUCGCUCGCUUCCGGGAGCCGCGCCGCUUCCCUGGCGGUGGUUGAGGCGACGGAGAGCGCCAUCCGCGGGCCCUCGCGCCGCCCAGGCCUCGCUGCGCGCGCCCCGUCCGCCCUCGGAGCCGGCCCCGCUCGCCGCCCGCGGACGUGUGUGGCGACGACGGCCCAGCGCCGCGAGCAGCGUUAGCGGCCGCGGCCUCCGGUCCUCCCUCCGCCUCCUCCUCGGCCCCCCUCCGCGGCCCUCCCCCCACUUCCCGAGCUCCGCCGUGUCCCGGCCACGCUCGGUGCAGCUGCAGGAACAAAGGAGGACCCCGCGGCGGCGGCGGCGGCGGCGGAGCCACCACCUCCGCCUGCGGCUCCGACCCGCUCCCCGCCGGCGGCGGCGCCUCCCGGCUCCCGCCUCGCCAUCCCGGAGGCCUCGCCUCGGCCACACCGCGCCGGCGUCGCGCGUGAGCCCGGCUUCUGCUCUUCUGCCCCCGCAGGCAGAAAAAUAUGGCUCAGGAGACAAACCAGACCCCAGGGCCCAUGCUGUGUAGUACAGGAUGUGGCUUUUAUGGGAAUCCUAGGACAAAUGGAAUGUGUUCUGUGUGCUACAAAGAACAUCUUCAGAGACAGCAAAAUAGUGGCAGAAUGAGCCCGAUGGGGACAGCUAGUGGUUCCAACAGUCCUACCUCAGAUUCUGCAUCUGUACAGAGGGCAGACUCUAGUUUAAACAACUGUGAAGGUGCUGCUGGCAGCACAUCUGAAAAAUCAAGAAAUGUGCCUGUGGCUGCCUUGCCUGUAACUCAGCAAAUGACAGAAAUGAGCAUUUCAAGAGAGGACAAAAUAACUACCCCGAAAACAGAGGUGUCAGAGCCAGUUGUCACUCAGCCUAGUCCAUCAGUUUCUCAGCCUAGUACUUCUCAAAGUGAAGAAAAAGCUCCUGAGUUACCCAAACCAAAGAAGAACAGAUGUUUCAUGUGCAGAAAGAAAGUUGGCCUUACAGGGUUUGACUGCCGAUGUGGAAAUUUGUUUUGUGGACUUCACCGUUACUCUGACAAGCACAACUGUCCAUAUGAUUACAAAGCAGAAGCUGCAGCAAAAAUCAGAAAAGAGAAUCCAGUUGUUGUGGCUGAAAAAAUCCAGAGAAUAUAAAUUACUACUUGUGAAGAGACUGAUACUACUUUGUUUUUAUUUUAAUAUAUCGUAGGAAAACAUUAAAGAGCAGAUGCAUGGCCAUUUUCCUUUGAUGUUCUCCAGAGUUUUACUUUACAUUUGUCUGUCUUAAUAAUUGAUAUUUUAGGAUGUUUGGGUGUUUGUUACAGGCAGAAUUGGUUAGAUACAGCCCUACAAAAUGUAUAUGCCCUCCCCUGAAUAAAAUUGGAUGAAAAUCUGCACAAAUCAAAAUACACAGAUAAUAGGGACAAAAUUUAGUUCCCUUGUGCCAAACAAAAUACAUGAAAUCUCUGCAUGUUUGCAGCAUAUCUGCCUUUUGGGAAUGUAAUCAAGGUAUAAUCUUCGGCUAGUGUUAUGUGCCUGUAUUUUUUUUUUUUUUAAGAAAUGGUACACCAGAAAAAGACUGGCAGUCUAUUUCUACCGUAAUUAAAAUUCACCCUGUUAAUUUCUACAAUAUGUUCUUUGGAAGCAGGAAGAAAGCUAUAUAGAAAAUCAUACCCUUUUAUUGUGAAACCAGUAUUUGGUGCCCUAUGUAAGCCUGGUUAAUUGGUCAAGUAAGACAUUCUGAAAAAGGUAAUCAUCAUGGCUAAUAAUCCUAUGAGUAAAAACCAUCAAGCCAGCGGGGUCUUGAGAUAUCUUUGAAGCUUACUGUGCCGGCCUGCACCAGAAGAUGUCUGCAUUACUCAUUGCUAAAAAAUAUGUAGCACAGAACUAACUGUACUAGGAUUAAUUUGUUUAAAAGAAGAAAUUAAAAACUCUACGUUUGGUUUUCACAUAUAGCAGUUCUAUUAAAUAACAUGCAUCUGAAUUUUUAAGUUGCAAAGGUAUCUGAUUUUUCAUGUGCAUCUUUUGUUGAAUGUUUUUGGUUCCAAGAAAGAAUGUUUAAAGCUUUUUUAAAGACUUCAGUUCUUAAUGUAACUGUACCCUUCUGCAUGGAAAAUCAUAACCAACAUGGCUGCAGUAGACUUCUUAGUGGUAUCCAGCACCACUUGCAGAGGGCUGCUUUAUCAUAUUGUACUUGGGUGUAGGACUCUAGUGUUCUUGGGUGUAUUGCAUGGGCUGCAUUAUCUACAGCAUUGUACAAUAACAACUAGAAGAGGCAGUAUACUUCACUGAUGCUUGUCUGGUAAUAUCACUUCUGUGUUAUAAUGGAAGGUUUUUGUGAUGUAUGAAAUUUGUGUUUUUUAUAUAUAAAUGAGUAUAGUUAGAUUAGUGUUGUGGUAAUGCCUGUUUUCAUCUGUAAAUAGUUAAGUAUGUACACAAGGCACUACUGAUUUCUUGCAGUGUUCAGUCCUAGUUUUUACUUUUAUUCUUAAAGCAUUCACCUUUGCUUUCAAUUUUAUGUACCUUAGUUCUGAGUUCGAUCUGCAGAUGUGUACAGAUAGUUCCAUAUUUAUGUAUUGCACAUAAUCAUGCUACUCAGCAUUGAUGCUAUAUUGUAUUAUGUAAAUAAUAAAAGCCAUGUACAGAGGGAAA